UGUGAACGCUGUUUUGUUUUCAGCGAAGAAAAAGCAGGAUGGCUCAAUAAAUGGACCAAUUAUUUGAAAGGUUAUCGCCAACGAUGGUUUGUACUCGAUUCAACGGCAGUACUCAGCUAUUACAGAAGCCCCAGCGAAGUUGGACAGUCAUGCCGCGGAAGUAUCAAUCUCCAGGAAGCCCGCAUUCUUUCUGAUAAGAUAACGAACAACAUUGUCAUAUCAGCGUCAUCGCAGACGUUUCACUUGAAGGCUGGUAACGACGUUGAUCGACAGAAAUGGCUAAGUGCAUUAGAGUAUUCACGUCACAAAGCCAUAAAACAGGCUGAAAGCGAUGAAGAUGAAGAUGCACAUAUCGGUACUGGAGAGUCCCGUGUUGCUGUGUUACAGAAAACUCACAAGGAGUUACUCCGUAAGUUGGAAGACUUGCAAACAGCGGCUCGUAUAUUAGAUAAACACGGUGAUGAACUGAUUCGAUGUGUAAACGAGCCAGAAAUCGAUAGAAAAACGCUAUCUGAAAGGGCUGCCCUGCUCAAACAUGGCGCGUUAUCAGGUGUCGCUGAAUUUGCUAUCAAUGACUCUUUUUCUUCUCUGCCAAUUUUCUAUUUUUCGGUUGACAACAAAAGUGCUUGCUGCUCAAUUACCACAAAAGUUGUCACUCCUCAGAGACUAACCACUAGCUAUAUGAGUAAUGAGCUUUUACAGAUUACUACAGCAGCUGUCCUCAAAGCCGCAGAAGAGUUUGUUGAUCUAUCAGAUCGUGGUUCAAAGCGGAUGGGUAAAGUUGUAGCUACAGAACGUCGAGAGAAGAUAAUGUUGCAGGAGCAACUUGAAACUCUUGCCAAGCAACAUUCAAGCCUGGAAAGGGCUGCCACAUUGACGGACAAUAUCAACUUAAACCCACCAUUGUCUGCGUACAGCGAUAUGGAGGAUGAGUUCCACGAUGCUGCAGAAGAACUGAGUCUAUGCGGGUCAAGUUUAGAUGGCCAAAUGCGUUGGUAG